AUGUCAACAAGGUGAUAUCUACGUGGAUGCCACAGUUACCAAAUCGAUGAAAGUUAAUAACGUCCGACCACCAUUUGGUCAAACCAUUAUCUUUAACGAUCACCACAAGACUUCAGGACACAAAGGUAACGAAAACUCACAUAAUUCGUGAUAGGAUUGCUAUAUUGAAUAUUUUAUAUUCGAAGUGAUAUUUUUAUAGUUUGGAAAUUGUAAUGAUUAUCUUAAAGAAAAUUAAUGAUAAAUAAUUCUUGGGUUAAUUGCAUGGUUGGUCAUUAAGAUUACAAAAAACGUUCAUGUUUGGUCACUGGAAAUAUUUAAAUCCAAUUUUGGUCACUCAAAUUAGUUAAAUGGUUCAAGUUUGGUCACUCUCCGUCCAAUUCCGUUAAAUUUGUCUGAUGUGGCAGUCAACUCUCAAAGUUGACCGUUAACUCGGUGACGUGGCAAUUAAAAAAUAAUAAUUAAAAUAAAUUUUAAUCUUCUACCAUUUCUAACUCAUUUUCAUAAUAAAAUAAAACAAAAUAAAAUAUAUUAUAAUCACAAUAAAUUAUAACUCGGUGGCGGAAGCAACCUUUCCUCCAGCAGUAAUCCUCCACCCACUUCCACCUAAGCUCCGCCGGCGGAGAGGAGAGAAGGUGGCGGCCGGAAAAUAAAAUGUUAAUUUAAUUAAUCUGGUCUAUGUCCAGACUUCACUGGAAGUUUUCUUCGUUGAAGACGAAGCGAUUGUCCGUUUUGAAUGGGGCAAAGAAAGGGUAGACGAGACGGUGUCGUAUGGGUGCCGGUUGCAGAAAGGAAAAAAAGAAAACCGAGAGAGAAAGACAGAGGCGGCGGCGGCGGAGGUUCUCAUUCGACUUCCGGUGGGAACACGCCUAGAACCCCUUCCGUCUCUCCAUCCUCCAGCAAGUCGAUGAUUGACGAGUCAACGAGCGUUCUUCUUCAUCAUCAUCCUCAAGUUCAACACCAAAAACAGCAGCAGCCUCCUCCGGCGAUUGCACUGCCGCCCCCUCUUUUAACGGCGCCGCGGUUUAUGGAGCGAGCGAGGGGGAAGAAGGUGAGGUUCGAUCCGGAGAGGAUCGUGAUGGGCGGCGGCGCGACGGAAGCUACUCUUUCAAUUUGUGAUUAUAAUAACUUUUUUUAUUUUACUAUAUUGUGAAAAUGAGUUGGAAAUUGUGGAAGAUUAAAAUUUAUUUUAUUUAUUAUUUUUUAAUUGUCACGUCACCGAGUUAACGGUCAACUUUGAGGGUUGACUGUCACAUCAGACAAAUUUAACGGGGUUGGACGGAGAGUAACCAAACUGGAACUAUUUAACUAAUUUGAGUGACCAUGAUUGGAUUUAAAUAUUUCCAGUGAUCAAACAUGAACGUAUUUUGUAAUUUUAGUGACCAACCAUGCAAUUAACCCAAUAAUUCUUUAGAGAACCUGCCGAUAAUAAUAAAUGAAUUUGAGUUUCCCGUCUGACGGGCCCUGACCUGUGAAUGAAUGAAAAUGAGAAGCAAAAAAAGCAGAGUCCCUAUUAUUAGUGGCAGGCCACAGCUACAAGGAUGACCAGUUUCUUUCCGCAUUUACCAUUUUACCCCUUUUCACAUUUUGUUCAUGAAUAAUCCGAUAAAUUGAACAAUGAACAUCAUCUAUUUUGUAUAGAAAGCUUUUUUUUUUAACAUCUCAACUCAUUUCUAAUCAAUAUAAUGUCAGUUUUGGCCUUCAUCAGCAUGUCAUCAUCUUUGUACUACUUCACACCAAAUACAUUUAGGGGUAGUUUGGAAGUUGCGAUUGUUAAAUAGAUGUAUUGUUGAGAAUACAUGUAUAAUAUUAUACAUAUAUUGUCGAAUUUGAUGCAUUCGUUUGGAUGGAUCAAUUGUAAAACGAGACAAUUUGACCAAUUGUUUCAUUUUACAAAACGAGUCAUUUAAAACGAGUCAAUUCAGAUUACCUGCCCCCACCCCAGACAAUAGUAAUUGGCUCAAAAUGAGUCAAUUCAGAAUUCCCCAGUCCAAAUUGUUUCAUCCAAAUUUUCUGCUGCCAAACGGAUCAAUCUAUCACAAUUGAAUCAAAACGAGACAAUUGUGUCAGAUUGAUCCAUUAGAAUUCCUCAUCCAAACGACUACAACGUUUGGUAUGUGUGAUUGUGUAUGUCGCAUCAGCUAAAAGCUGAGACAAAACAAUCUCAACUCAACUAUCUCAACAAUCACAACUAAAAGUUGAGAUAUAACAAUCACUCAAAAUGAGUGAUAGUUUCUGUCACAUCACAGAAACAAUCCAUGUAUUGUUUCUGCUAAAAAAAACAAAAAAAAAAAAAAACAAAACGAUGCAUUGUAAACAAUACAUACGUAAUGAGAACCCAACAGCCACUUCAACAACUUCUUCUCAUCACAACCACCGCCGCCGAAGAAUCAAGCCGCAUAUAAUACCCUUCGAUUUAGGGUCUGCAAUAGGAGAUCUGCACCACGAUGAGCUGCUGGGCUCCCGGCUCCCCUAGCAAUUCGGAAAUGGCAACAGGAUUCGGACGGUGCAGAUAUCUCAAGAUCUCUAUUCUCGUCUACUUCACCGGCGUCAUAUCCGGUACACAUCACCCCUUCUCUUCCUGUCUUUCUCCGUCAUAGCUCGCAUAAGCUUAUAUCAUCAGUUUUAAUUAGUAAUCAACUGGCACCAUAACUACAUUAUCAUAAUUCUAUAAUCCCUCUGUCAUUUUGAUGGUCGUUCUGGAAGUUUUUGUUGUGAGGAUUGAGGAUUGCGAGUUCAUAUCUCCGAUGGGAUGUGGGUCAAGGUAAGAGAUUUGGAUAUCAUCUUGUUCAUAAUCCCUGUUACGCUUUUGUUUUAUCGACGAAGCCAUUAUUCAGUUGUGGUGGCGAUCGGAACCCUGUUACGGAGAUCCCGGACUCUCCUCCGGCCGCCGCCUUCCAAGUUUGCCGGAUGGCUGUUCGCCUUGUCUCCGGAAUUAGCUCCGAGACGUACGGCGCCAUAUAUGAAAAUUUACUUUUUAAUUUAAUUCCUUUCCGCCGGUGAUGUCUCAUUUGUUCGUUUACGUUAAGGUAAGAUUUGGAAUCUUUUUUACUAAUUUAUUUACUCUUUUAAUUAUUGCUAAUUCGAAUUUUUUGUUGACUUUGCUAGUUACUAGCCUUUUUAUUUGCUUUAUCAUUAUUGUGCAGCAAUCAACGUUUCCUUAUUAAGUGGGUUCAUUUUCUUUCUCCCUUAUUAUUAUCAUCUUUAUUGUGUAGCAUUUAAACGUCCAUAUUUAGUAGUCUCUUUUCUUCUUCUUCUUAAUUUUUGCUAAAUAGAAAUUUUAUUUUAUUAUAUUUGGUAAUUCACUCUUAAGAAUGUUGUAUAUUGGGUAAUUCAGAUCCAUCUACAAAUGGAGAUCUAUUAUACUUCAUUUUAUGUAUUUUACAAUUAAUAUUUUACAUUCGGUUAUGUCGCCUAUGCCUAAAGGGCACUCCUUAAUCUCUUGAGAUAGAGAUCUCUAGCAUCAAAGUGGAUGCUUUUUUGGGGUUAGAUAUAACCUGCCCUAGCAAAAGUGUAUUCAUUCGGUUUGAUUGGGCCACAAAGAAUCUUCACGGAUGUGCAAACUGACUUUGACAGAUUUUCAAGUGAUGGAACUGUCUCAUUUGCUUUUGGUAAAAUUUAUUAUGCUAUUACUAUGAGAAAGGGUCUUACUCAUAAUGUUGGUUGUUACCUCUCAAGGAUAUUCUCAACCGGUCAUCAGGAUGCUAUAUCGAGGAAGUCUUCCCAUUCUAAAGUCGGAGAUAUUUUAAGGGAAGUUCUUUCUCUCUUCUCGACUCCCUGUGUCAGUUUCGCGUCUUUGCUACUUGGAGCUUUCAUAGAGCUGCCCACCUCGUGGCAAAAAAGGCUCUUUUAUUGGGAGUCCGGUUGCAUACGGGCUACCAUUCUUUAUUAUUAUCAGUUUUAUAUAUUUGUUGUUCGGCCAUGCCCUGGGGCUUAUCUUGGAUUAAAAAAAAAAUACCUACGUAAUGACAAUCUCAACAAAACUAUGACAACUUCCAAACGACCCCUUAGUUUCCGAAUUCUUGCAUGAAUGAAACUCAUUCCUAAAAAGUUAAAAUUGCGUUAUUUCUUCUAAAAUUUUGCCUUUUUCCACUUUUCAUUUAAAAACAAGUCUGGUUUUAUUUGAAUUUAUGGAACUACGCUUAAAAAAGUACGCUUUUAAGGCUGAACACAAGCAUUAAAUGGGGUUUUGCAUUGACAUUGCAUGUGGCGGAGUAACUGAGAGAGUAAAUAACGCUAAAGUUAAGAAUGGCAAUUGGACUUGACUUGGCGCCACUUUCCAAAGCAAACCUCUGAUCUCCCUUGUCCUCUUCUUCUUCUCUCUUUCUCUGUCCGUCGCUGGCUGGCUUGGCUAUCUGCUCGUCAAACAUGGCGUUGGCCGUUGUGUUUGUGUGUGUUUUUGUCGCCUUACUGGAAGGAUGCCGGCCAACUUCGGUCGCUUUUCCAUCUUUCCUGUUACUGUAAUUUUGGGCGCUUCCCCCUACUUGCAGUUGGGAAUUUCAUGCAAACCAAUGACAACGUGUAAUUGCCGAGGAUUAGCUUAAAUUAAUGAAUAUUAGUUGGUUUA